GCAAAGGGAUCACCUUAUUCCCACCCCAAUCCGAGGUACCAUCCGAGUACAAACACCCACCUCCCAGUAGACCUCCACCUGGCAGAACCGCUUGGUUUCCCUUGAGCAAAAAGACGGCAUUAACAUGCAGAGCUAAAACAGUAACUACAUUCGCCGCCCUCAACCAGGGAAUUCCGGAAUCCACAAUAAGGGUCUACACUGAUGGCUCCAAAUCGAUGGACACGGACCCGACGACAACGGCCUGCGCUGUCUACUCCCCGACUUUGAAUUUUGAAAACGCCUGGACGCUAACCGCAGGCACCAGUGUCUUCUCGGCAGAGCUAAUCGCAAUCGCCCAAGCGCUAAAACAUAUCUACAACCUAGACGAUCACCCCCUCGAAGUGAUGAUUUUCAGCGAUUCCAGCUCAGCAAUAAAAACCAUAAUGUCAGCAACCCAGACCAACAACGAGGCGGUGAGCGACGCACGUGAGACGAUAGCUAGCCUCAAAUCGAGCGGAACAGCGACCUCCAUAGUAUGGAUUCCGAGCCAUACAUGGAUAGAGGGGAAUGAAAAGGCAGACAGACUGGCCGCAACAGAAUGCACCAAACAAAAUGGAAACAAGAUCGCAAACAAUCUUUCAGCCGAGGAAAUAAUAUCCCUCACCAAAGCUAACUGGAGAGACGACCUUCUCUCCACCCUACGACAGUGCCAGAAAAAAUGCAUCCAAGUAAGAACAAGGUUAGGCGUCAUCAAAUGGCACCAACACAACAACAGGAAAAUAUCAACAUGCCUGCAUAGACUUAGAGCUGGCCACCACUAUCUGAACUCGUUCAGGUACAGAAUCGAUCAAGAAUCCGACCCCAGCUGCCGACACGGGUUUGAAGCAACAGAAAACAGUCAACACCUUCUGCUCACGUGUCCAAAACACGAAAACCACAGAACGAGACUACGCUUAUUUCUAUCGGGAAACCACCUCCCGUUCGAGGAGGACACGAUCCUUGGUCUAAAUCUCGCAAUAGACCCCAGAACACAAUUCAAAAUCCGCAACCUACUCGCUAAUUUCCUGGUGCAAUCAGGAGUCAUCAACUCAAUCUAGGUCCACGAACCAAUCUAGCCUAAAGCAUACAAACAACAACAACAACAACGAAAAAAAAAAAAAAAAAA